GACUUCAGGAAAAUGCUUAAGAAAACAAAAAUUGCCAAGAAGAGGAAAGAAAAACCAAAGAAAGAGGGAGAGAUUGAUCCCAAAUUCUGGGAAGUGAUGCUGAGUGCCAAAAAAUCUGAUUAUGAGCGCGUCUGUCAUGAGUUUGGAGUUACAGAUUAUCGCUGGAUGCUGAAACAACUUAACCUAAAGAAAAAGGAGAGAGAGGAUGAACAAGCCAAGGUGGUCGAGAAAGUUGACAACAUGAAACCGAUUGAAAUAAAUACAAGUGGCAGGGCUGAAUUUGAGUUUGAUAUGAAGCUCAACGACCCAAACAGUAAAAUAUUUGUCUACAAAAACGGUGAUAUGCUUGACUUUGGAGAUGGAUCAGAUGAUUCUUCAAAACAUAAUAUGAAGAAAACUGGUGAUAAGUACUUGUUUAGUGUCAACAAUGUUAGUCUGAACGAUGGUGGAUUAUACCAAGUUGACGUUGAGGAUGUGAACGUUUUCUCAACAAACUUUACAAUUCCGGAUGUGGAGUUUAACGGCAUGCUUAAGGAUGCUGAAGCCGUUGAAGGACAUGAUGCUGUGUUUGAAUGCGUUCUAUCUGGACCUGCACCACAAAUCACCUGGUGUGCCAAUGACGUCUCUGUUAAACAUGGAGACAAGUACAACAUCACAGUCUCAGAGGACAAGCUCACUCACAAAUUAACAGUGAAGGACUGUAAACUGGACGACAAAGGCGUGUAUACAGCUAUCGCUGGGAUUAAAUCAUCCAGGGCCACUCUUGCUGUUGAUGAGGAUCCUAAUGCCCGGGGGAAAGGUCGAGGUGGUGUGGGUGAAGGAACCAAUGAUCUUGCAAGACGUCUGGCAGAUGACCAGGCUAGGCUGCAGAGAGAAAAAGACGAAGCGUCCAGAAGAACCAAAAGUGGUGAUGGAGGGGAUGGAAGUGGAGGUCUUGGUUUUGGAGAUAGUAGCGGAGGAGAUGAAAGAGGGAAGAGUGGACUGGGAGGUGAAGGUACAAACAGUGAUGCAAGUGGGCAGCAUGGAAUGGGGAGAGGAGAUUUAGUAGCGGAUGAGUUGGGAGGCAUGGAAUCAGAUGUGGUAGGAUCUAGUGGAACUGCUGGAGAUGGUACAGAUGGUAAAGUUGGCUUUGCAAACGGGUUGUCAGACAUAAACGCCCUCCGUGGCAAGUCUGCAGAGCUUGUGUGCACACUGAAUACUGACAAAGUUGAUGGAGUGUGGUAUAAAAACGGAGAGAAGCUGACUUCCACAGAUGGAGUGACGAUUAGUAAAGAUAGCUGCACUCAUAAAAUCAUAAUCCAAAAUUGCAAUGACACAGAUGCAGGUCUGUAUGAGUUUGAGGUGAAUGGUUGCAGGACACAGGCCAUGGUGAGAGUUGGAGAUCUUCCAGAAUUCGAUCCUGAUGCCUGGCAAAAGUUCUCCAAUCCUGUGAUGGUAAAAGCAGGUCAGAAUGCAUCUUUUAAAAUGUCAUUUCCACCAGAAGCCUCUCUGGAAAUCAAAUGGUUUAAGAAGGGCUCUAAACUUCAUGACGGUGGUUCGGUAAAAGUGUUAAACAAAUCCAACCACAGUCAUCUUCAAAUCAAAGACUGUCUGCGUUCGGACACUGGAGAAAUCAAAAUACAGCUCAAAAACCCCUUCGGUUCAAUCGAAGCCGUAUCAAGUCUUAUUGUUCUAGAUAAGCCAGGUCCACCGCAAGGCCUGCUAGAAACAAAUGAAAGUACAUCCUCAGACCUUGAAUUGAAAUGGAACCCUCCAAAAGAUGACGGUGGCUCCGAAGUGACAAACUACAUAAUUGAGCGCCAACAGGUCGGCCAGAAUACAUGGAAAAAGGUUGGUGAUAUUUUAUCUAACCAUCUUACCUUCAGAGACAGAAGUGUGUCCCUUGGCAAGAGGUACAGCUACCGCAUCUACGCCGAAAAUCUCGAGGGCAUCAGUGAGCCGAUGGAGACAGACAAAAUCAUGGCUGGGGCUUUAAUGUUUCCUGGCCCACCGGCCCCUCCAAAGGUGGUCAGUGCAUUCAAGACCUGUAUUAACCUCACAUGGACUCCACCAGAGGAAGAUGGAGGAACUAAAAUUUUGGGCUACCUGAUGGAGAAACGUAAAAAAGAUACCAACCAAUGGGUGACCUUGAACCAGGUCAAUGAACCCAUUCAAGGUCUUAAGUAUGCAGUGAGGGAUGUGUCUGAAGGGUCCGAGUAUGAGUUCAGAGUAUCAGCUAUUAAUAUGUCUGGUGCUGGAGAACCAAGUGCUCCAUCCGUCAUGGUCUGUGCUAAAAACCCCAACAUGAAGCCCUUCUUCAAAGAUCCUGAAGGCUUCAUGGUUGUGAGGUCAGGAAAUUCCAUCAGAAUCAAAAUCAAUUAUGAGGCCUCCCCAAUGCCAGAGAUUCGAUGGCUAAAGAAUGGUGAACCUGUAUCUCCCUGGAACCAGAUCAUUAAUACUGAUGGCACAUCAACGCUUGUCGUACCCUCAUCAAAGUACUCAGACUCCGGUGUCUACACCAUUGUGGCGAAAAACUCAAGUGGGCAGACCAGCUUUGACAUAGAGGUCAGAGUAGCAGAUGAACCCAAACCACCUGGCCCAGUGGAACUGGAGCAGGUGGUUCAUGGUAAAGUCAUCAUCACAUGGGCUCCAUCUCCAGAUCAGGAGAAUGAUGACCGACUGCAUUACCUGGUCGCAGAACACAACUCCAACACCCGCAUUUGGCGCACAAUAUCCGACCAUCUUUUCAGUACAACCUACACUACCAACAUUCAACCAGGUCAAGAAUAUCACUUCAGAGUCUAUGCAAAAAAUGAUCUAGGACUUUCCGACCCUUCGGAUUCACCAACAUGGGGCUUCAACAGCAACAGAGUUUCGGUACCCUCAAACGUUUCGGCCAUGGUCUCUUUGGAAAGGCCACCUUCUAUCCUGGUUCCACUGAAACUCCACACUCCACCGAAAGGAUAUCAGUGUUACAUGACCUGUGCUGUCCGUGGCAGCCCCACGCCACACGUCGGAUGGUAUCAUAAUGGGAUAUGCAUCAAUUCAAACCACAACUACUACAUCACAAAUGCUUUUGGAGUCUGCUCCAUGUACAUCCUUAGAGUUAGGGACGAAGACAGCGGCGAGUACAAAGUGGUGGCAGUCAACUCGCUUGGAAGGGCAGAAUGUUCUACCGAAUUAAAAGUGAAGGGUACAGUAUCAUAG